AUGUCGAAGGGUACCACCUCGUUCGGUAAGCGACACUCCAAGUCGCACGGCGUCUGCCGCCGCUGCAACAAGACUUCGAUGCACAAGCAGAAGAAGACCUGCGCUUCGUGCGGCUACCCGGCCGCCAAGAUCCGCAACCACGAGUGGGCGCAGAAGGCCAAGCGCAGGAAGACGACCGGUACCGGCCGCAUGCGCUACCUCAAGACGGUCGCCCGCAAGGCCAAGAACGGCUUCCAGACCGGCGGCCCCACCAAGAAGGCCGCCACCGCCUAA